CCAUGACCAGCACCACUACCCUGACUACUGUGUCCAUGACCAGCACCACGACCCUAUUCACUGUCACAAUGACCACCACCCCCACCGACACCACUAUCACCACCACCACCCCUCUCGGCGCAACUACUACUAUCACCGUCACGACACAGACAAGCACCACUACGCGGAUAUACAUUGUUGCGGGAUCUAUGUGGUUCGAAAGCACGGGCACUCAAGAGCAGGUGGAAAGUGCGUCAGUGAAUGCACUUGCUUCACAUUUCGGCGUGCCCGAAAGUGCUGUGUUCUGUGUCGCCUCGCUUUUCACAAACAGCUCGCGACGGCUCAUGUCGGACCGGGAGCUCACCAGCUCAGUCACGCAUUGGCAGGUCGAUUGGACGAUAGUUGCAAGUGCAUCUCCCGCCUUUUCGGCAUACGACGUAACGACAGAGCUGCAUCAGCAUGUAAACGCGACCUCAGGAGAGAACUUGGAGUCGAUUGAGACGUUUUAUAGCCUCAUGGAGCUCGCCAUGUCAUCUCGGGGCCUGACACUCGUGUCAAAUUCCAGUGUCUUCGUGCACGCAGAGCCCACGAUAAUGGAAAUCACCGUCACCCAGACGACAUCAACGACGGCAACGCCAUUCGCAGAGGGCCUCAUUGCCGACACGGAGAAAACGGCGAGCAUUGAUUUUGUCAUUAUGGGCAUCAUAGUUGGCGCGAUAUUUGUUUUGUGUUGUUGCAUUCAAUUGUUAUGUUUCUUAAGGAUCCGCCGGCAACGGAAGUCUGAAGAGGACUUGGAGGCUGUGUCGCGAAAUGACCUCGAGCAGGGGACGCCCGAGGACAUAAUAUGGGUCGCGCCUGGAGCGCCCCCAAGGAUCGAGUCGCAAAGCAACGCACCCAAGCAGGCGCGCAGCCUGUCACGCGGUGCACGCGGUGCAUCGGCCAAAGCGUCUUUGGGAAGCGAGAUCGGCGCAUCGCAACGGAGCAGCCUUUCGUCGACAGGUAUGCGAUCGGGUAGGUCAGGCGGAAAUUUGUCACCCAGUCCGUCGGCUGCCUCAGCCAGGUCUGGUGACGCCGGGUUGGCUCGCAGCUGGUCUCGGGCCUCAGGGCUUUCGAUUUAGUCCCGGGAAGGUAGCUUGACGAUAGCAAAGGCUACAUGAAACAACCGUUCCAGAUACCCCACCAGAUAAGACACAUUUUUGCAUCCACUAUCGCGCAGACGCGGUGACGGGCAUGUGCUUCGUGGCGACAGCGAGACCCCCUAUCGCAGCACGCAGCACUGCAUUUUAAUCCGCAUCAGAUACGCGAGGGGAUCAGACAUAGCAGUUGAAUGCUACAGUCGUCUCCCGAUGUAUUAACCAUUCGGCCGAAUACCCUUCGCUUCUCAUGUGUUGUAACUUCCAUGAUGAGUGCGACAUUUGAGCAGUGUGGGUAGAUCUAUCGCUUUGUGGGUGCGGAACCGGCUUGCCUUCAGUAGCCCACUUCCCGGCUCGCAGCGGCAACGGGGAUGGCGGAGGAUCCCAGCAGGGAUUGAAAUGGGGCCCUUUUCGUUUCCGACCACCGCUCCAGUGGCCAGAUUGUCUCACAUCUGCUCGAGCCGAGCCGGCAGCAGUAGGCGAGCGAGGUGGAAGGGAGGGGGACAGAGAGUGUGAGCAUUCUUACGUUUGUAGAUUUACGAAAAAAACUUGCAGAUACACAUGUGUACACAGCUUUAAUUCGCGGUGAGCCACCCAGGUUCUAGGUCUCGCGUUCCGGUAAGUGGCACGCAUGUUGACGCCCUUGGAACGCAAAGUGCGUUUCCACUGCAUUUGCACUUGUAUGCUCACUCCGCGCUUGGCACUGUUGCUUCAGAGAGUUCGACAACAAAAUUAUGCUAACGGAGUUCCCCACAUAAAGAUGUUACGGGGUUCCAUUGCUUCUUGUCUGCGCUCUGGUGGGGCCUCCCUGGAGGGG